CUGGUCAGUCAGUCAGUCGUUUGCCGAGUCUCCGUUCAGUUGGUCGCGCAGUCUUGGCAACUUGAAUAAGUCGAAAUUGAAAGACAAAUCGUAGUACGCCAAGGCAAAGUGCUAAUAAAUCGAGCAAAAUGCGCUGCCUGGCAUUGAGCGCAGUGUUUGUGUGCCUGGCUCUUGCCGGCCACUUUCGUUUGUCAGAUGCGUACAAGAAUGAGGUACAGAUCACACCGGAUCCGCUAGACGCCGUGGAGACGACGACGAAGAAGUCCAGCUGGUUUGGUGGAUUCAAGAAGUUCUUUGGCAGUGAUGGCACCACAACUACCACCAGCACGAUUGCUCCACCGGUGGUCACCACCCCCAAAUCGGCGGUGGUUACGCCCACGGCAGCCAACAAGCCACCGCCACUGGUCAUCUCGCAUGCACCACUGAUGCCGCUGGGACCGCGACCCGAUACACCGGGAUCCUCACCUUUCGGAGCAUCCCAAAAUCCGCAGACGCCGCCCCAGUGGCCAUCGAGCACCAGGGCAACGCCAUCACACCAGCCAUCACAGCAGCCAUCACAGCAGCCUCCUCUGCCCGGAUUCGCCUCCUAUCGGCCACAGAAACCGCAGCCGAAUAGCUACGAUCUGAGCUACGGUGGUGGACCACAACCAACGCCAGGAACAGGACGUCCUGGUUUUGGACUGGGCACUACGACCAGCACGACCACAGCGAAGCCCGUUACCAGCACCACAGGUAAGACGCCGCAGCAAAAGGAGGAUUUCCCGGCGCUGCCAGGACCUCGAAGGCCAUCCCAAAAGGAGGACUUCCCAGCUCUGCCCGGGCCCAAAACUCCGCCAGGCUCGCCUACGCCCACGCCGGGCUCUCCAUCGGCUUGGCAAUCGCCGUUGCCAACGCCCCAGCAUCCUGUGCAUCCGCCCACCAAGGCUACGUCGGCGGCCACGCCUACGCCGACACCAACGCCACCGUCCUCUUCCUCGGCAGCGCCCACUCCCGCCCACGGAGUGUCGGUGGAACCGCACAAGGUCGGAGGUGGGGGCGGCAGCACAACCACUGUGCGACCCGGCUUCCAGUCGUCGGGCAACUCGGUGGCCACCGAUGACGAGAUCCGCCAGCUGACGGAGCAACUGUACACCAAGGAGAGCAACAGCCAGAUCGGAAACAUUCGGGUGAAUCUGCAGGGACGCACGCGUUCCAUUGACAGCGCCGAUGAGGCACCCAAUCCACUUUUGAGUGUGGACGCAAAGGCUCUGGAAUCGCCGACGAUCGUGAAGAUGCGACUGCUGUUCAACAACUACGAGCAGGACACCCUUGUCAACGAGCAUGUGACCCCCAACGAGCGCAAGGAGGAGAACGACUUCCUGGACGCAGUGAUGGCCACGCCGGUGAUGCGUCAGGCCAUGCUCUUCCUGCAGCAGAAGGGAGUGGUCGGUCCCGAUCCGAAGACCCACCGCGAUCUGGUCAAGGAGCUGUGGUUCACACAGUACUCCCGCGGUCAGGGCAAGAUCGGCAGUUCCGGCUUCGAGCACGUCUUUGUCCACGAGGUGAAGCAGGGCACCAUCAUCGGAUUCCACAACUGGGUCUAUAUUGGCGAUGAGGAAAAGGACGGUCGCUUUGACUACAAGGGUUAUAUGAAGGAGCAGGAUAUUGGCACGAAGGGCAAAAUCGUCAAGAUCCGCUUCUCGCAUCAGGGACUCAACAAGCCGGUGAACACUGUGUUCGUGGGCACCUCUCCGGAACUGGAGCUCGCCCUGUACACCGUCUGCUUCCAGCUACGGCCGGAUCGCACCUGUCCAGUGUCCUUGGGCAAUAGCAAGUUCGGCAUCGUCACCUAUUCGUGGCGCUACCGGGGAAAGAACCUCAUUGGCAGCGCCUAUCCGGAGAUUUAGGGCAGCGAUCAACGAUCGCGCCUCUCGUAGUCAUCGUAGAAUUUUUUUUCUGUCGCUCUUAUGAAUAAAGUUAAUGUUUGAAAAUUA